GAGCUGAGAACCUCCAGUUUCCUGCUGCGGACCCUGUAUUUCUUACCUGAAUCCAUCCCCCUCUCUAGCCUCAGUCCCUGUCCCUCCGAGAGCCCCGUAUUUCCGGCCUGGUCCCUAUCUUCUGCAGCCUGAACCCCGUGUUUUCUGCCUAAUCUCCCCCACUCUUUGCAGCCUGGACCUGUGUCCCUGCUGAGAUCCCGAAUUUCCUGCUGGAAGCCCCGUAUUAACCCAAUUCUGCUCUACCUCUGCAUUGUGAACCCAACAUUCCUUACUCGACCCCCCUCUCUGUAGCUUGAAUGGCGAAUUUCUUGCUUGGUACCACAUUUCUGCAGCCUGAAUCUGUGUUCUCAGCAGAGAACUCUGAAUUUCUUGCGUGAACCCCACUGCGAAUCCUGAACCCCUAUUUCUUCCUUUUGGAUCCCCUCUCUGCAUUCCGAACCCAAAAUAUCCUGUUUGAACCCUAUCCCUGUUGUGAACCUAGAGAUUCAUGUCAGAGGCCUAGUCUUUGCCUCCUUUGCUACCCCCGUCCUUAACUUGACCUCAUCGUUGGUGCAAACCCUGUAUUUCCUGUUGAACUCCCAAUUUCUACAGCCUAAAUCUCAGUCCCUUAUAUGAAUCCCAUCUUUUCUUCCCGUUACCGCUCUCAUUCUGUGAACCUGGUUCACAUCUCCUGCCUGACUCUUCUCCCUGAACCUCCUCGCUAUGAAUCCUGUGUUUGCUUCCCAGACCCUCUGCUAAGAGCCCCCCCCCCAUUUUUUGUUAUCUGAAUUCCCAUACCUGCUUUGAAGUCCUUAUUUGCUUCCUAAACUCCCAUCCCUGCUGCCUGUACCCCUCUGGAAACCUCUCCUGCUUCUAUGAACCCUUCUACUACGCAAACCCUUGUUUUUGCUGGUGGGUCUCCUCCUUGUCCCUGGCGUCCUUCCUGAUGCUUUAAUCUCUCCUCCCCCAUCUUUCCAUUUCUGUCCACAGCCCUGGCUGCCUCUGCCAGGGAUGUCAUGUCAUGAACGCCUGCAUCUGUCCCUGUCCUUCCAGGGAACGGGGCAGCUGUGUGUGCCCUGUGUGUGCUGCAGUCAGGCCCGAGGCUUGGAGGGUUGUGAGCUUUGACUGGAAUGCCUGUUGCUGCUGUGGGUGUCCUGGGUGCUACCUUGAAGCUGGAGGUCGGGGAAGGGGGAGUCCAUUGAGUUUUACUUAGGGAAACAAUUCAGCCACUUCCCCAACUCCCAGGACCCUGCACUUGACUGUCUCGUGGCUGGGUUCCUGAUUGACCUAUCUCCUAAGGCUGUGUGUGAGACCAGCUUCUGCCCUUGAAGCUCCUGUCUGUGUGAAUGCCACCCAAAUGCAAGCAAAUGCCUUUCUAACCCAUCAUACACAUUUUGUUGCAGGGCACCUCUGGCAUCAGGCCCUGUAGCACCGUGAGCAUAGCGACUCUCUUUUGCCACAGCUCUGAGUCAUGACGGAUGCCAAGUAUGUCCUCUGCCGAUGGGAGAAGCGAUUGUGGCCUGCAAAGGUUUUGGCCAUAACUGAGACUUCAGUGAAAAACAGGAGAAAAAAAGAAUUAUUUCUAGAUGUUCAAAUACUCUCGCUAAAGGAAAAGAUUCAGGUGAAGAGCUCUGCUGUGGAGGCACUGCAGAAGUCACACAUUGAGAACAUCGCUGCCUUCCUGGCCUCUCAGAAUGAGGUCCCGGCUGCUCCCCUGGAGGAGCUGACCUACCGACGCUCCCUGCGAGUAGCCCUGGAUCUCUUGAAUGAGAGGACCAAUUUGAGUCCUGAAAGCCAUCUGAUGAAAGACGAGACCACAUUGUCCCAAAAAGAGAAGCCACACGCAGAUAUGGCCUCUUGGAUCCCCAGUGCUCCCUCUCUAUCUUUCCACGGUGAAGAUGGUGAAGACGUGGCUGCUCAGCGCAUAUCCAAGAGUAGGUGGGAAUAUGUCCCACAAAGCCUGUCAGGGUUGUCUGCAUCCGAAGAGGACCCCAGGUGCAAAGUGGACCGUAAGACAGGCCUCUCAAAGAAUGGAACCCCAAGGGCAGCAUUGCUUUCCCCCACUGGAGAUGGGUCUCGGGACAGUUCUGGGUCACGACUGGACCGUGGACAGGAGGACACAACCAGUAAGAGGCGGAGGGAUUUGGGAGAGAAACCUACCCGGCGCCACAAAACCGAGUCUCGCCUUUCUAAGGGAGAAAGUGUUGUAGAGAACGAGGGACAGGCAAGCAGCUGUGUGACCCCAGCUUCACCAAGGUUGCUCUCCCAAACCUGGGAAGAGGACCCCUGUGCUGGGGUGAAAGGCUUUGACCGGGUUGUACCAUCAGGCAGCAGCAGGCUGCUCCCGGCCUCUGAGAGAGGCAGACGACACCCAACAAAGAGGCCACGCUUGGAUGGAGGCCAGAACCCACAGGCCAGGCAGCUGGGAACUGGAACUGUGGGGGCAGUGCCCUCCCUUAGGAGCUGGUCUGGGGAGGCUAUGGUACUGCGCAGUGCUGGUGACAAUGACAAACCAGAAGAAGCAGAUCCUGUGUCAUCAGAAGAGUCCACGGGGUUCAAGUCCAUCCACUCCCUGCUAGAGGACGAGGAGGAGGAAGAGGAGGAGCCACCCCGGAUCCUUCUGUAUCAUGAACCACGAUCGUUUGAAGUAGGAAUGCUGGUCUGGCUUAAAUACCAAAAAUACCCGUUCUGGCCAGCUGUGGUCAAGAGCGUCCGGAGGAGAGACAAGAAAGCCAGCGUGCUCUUCAUUGAGGGCAACAUGAACCCCAAAGGCCGAGGAAUCACCGUGUCUCUUCGAAGGCUCAAGCACUUUGACUGUAAGGAAAAGCACACAUUGCUGGAGAGAGCCAAGGAGGACUUCGCCCAGGCCAUCGGCUGGUGUGUCUCGCUUAUCACUGACUACCGUGUGCGGCUGGGCUGCGGCUCCUUUGCUGGAUCUUUCUUGGAAUAUUACGCUGCUGAUAUCAGCCACCCUGUGCGCAAGUCCAUCCAACAGGAUGUCCUAGGAACCAGGUUUCCUCAGCUGGGCAAAGGGGACGCUGAGGAGCCUGUGGGGGACAGCCGGCCAGGACAGUGGCGGCCAUGUAGGAAGGUGCUGCCCGACCGCUCCAGGGCUGCGCGGGACAGAGCCAACCAGAAACUGGUGGAGUACAUUGUGAAGGCCAAGGGUGCAGAGAGCCACCUGCGGGCUAUCCUGCACAGCCGCAAGCCUUCACGCUGGCUGAAAACGUUCCUGAGCUCUGGCCAGUACGUGACAUGUGUGGAGACAUACCUGGAGGAUGAGGCACAACUGGAUGAGGUGGUAGAAUACCUGCAAGGCAUCUGCCGAGACAUGGAUGGUGAGGUGCCUGCACGCGGCAGUGGGGACCGCAUUCGCUUCGUCCUGGACGUGCUGCUGCCUGAGGCAAUCAUCUGUGCCAUCUCUGCAGUGGAGUCAGUGGACUACAAGACAGCUGAGCAGAAGUACAUCCGCGGCCCGACACUUAGCUACCGGGAAAAGGAAAUCUUUGACAAUGAACUCCUGGAGGAGAGGAACCGCCGCCGUCGCUAAUGCUGCCAUCCAGCCAGUGAGGUUUCCACAGCCUGCUGGAGAGAGCUCUUCAAGAAUGUACUAGAAGCAAGAGGCCCAGGAGUGUGUUGACUUUGAACUGUGGGCCCUGUGUCAUCAGUAUUGUGUCUGUGAGAUCAAAUGUCAUUGACACACCAGAAGCCUGCUAACAGCUACAGACAGCCACUUUCUGGAAGUUUCUGUGCGUGUAUGCGCAUGUAUGUUUGAUUUUUGUUUGUUUUUUAAUUGUUACUAUUUGGUUUAUAAAUGAGUUUGAAUGCA